AUGAAGAACCCAGUCAAGCAAAUGCGCUUCCCAGCGCUCGAAGACAUCGUCGAGUACGUCCAAGAUGUCGCAGAAACCUCCGGCAGAUGGAUCAACUGGCAAAUCAUACGCGGCAAGCGACAUAUAUGGUGGGAGACAGACUGGGACGUCGUAUCACGCUGGGCGCAAUCGAUCAUCGAGACAGAAGAGCGUCUACGCGAAACCACCCAACGUGAGAACUUCCACAAAAAGUGGAUCCAUAAAUUCCACAAUGGCUCCAGCGAAGCAGGAAAAUUCGUUCUACCAGAUUUGAUCGAAGAGUUAAUAGCUCUAGACCACGAGUACACGCGUCUCGAGCGGAUAUACGAUACGCUCCUAGCAGGUUGUCCGGUGGGACCUAUCAAGAGCGGGUAUAUGUGGAUUCGAAAGCAGCCGCAGUGGUAUCUUAAGAUAUCCAACUAUCAACUAUGGAGAAUGACACUUAUCAAGAUGGAACCACUUGGGCUCCAGGAACAGUCAGACUGGAAGAUAUCAGUCCACCAAUCCAGAGACCAACUAGUUCUCUUCCCCACCCCAUCGUCCGACCCCAACGACCCCCUCAAUUGGUCAAAAACGCGCAAGAUCCUCAAUUUCACCCUAGUAAGCUUCUUCGUGUUAUGGACCUUCGUACAACUCGACAUCGGCUUCACAGCAUGGGGUCCAAUGCAAGAAGAACUCAACUACUCCAUCGACAUCCUAAAUGCCAACGCAGCUAUAAACUACAGCGGCCUGGCCGUAGGCUGCAUAUUCUUCAUGCCGCUAGUCCACAAAUAUGGGCGACGCCCAAUCUACAUACUCAGCGUCUCCCUACAAUUCGCAUCAUGCAUCUGGCAAGCCGAGAUGUUCACCGUCGGCGAUAUAAUGGGCAGCGGCCUGAUAUCCGGCAUCGGCGGCGCAAUCAGCGAGAUCAUCGUGCAGAUUACCAUCGCUGACAUGUUCUUCGUGCACCAGCACGCUACGAUGAACGGAUGGUAUGUCAUCGUCCAGUCGGCGGGCGCAUUCCUUGGCCCCGUGGCUUCGGGAUACAUCGUGGUGGCACAAGGGUGGAGAUGGAUGUGGUGGUGGUGUGUGAUUUUCUUCGGAGUCACGCUACUUUGUGUGAUAUUCCUUUUUGAGGAAUCGAAAUAUGUCCCCUAUCUGGAUGGCCGUGACGUUACCGUUGGAGAAGUGACUGGUGAACAGUCCGAAUCACACAAAGAUCCGGAUGUGGUAGAUUCAAAGAGCGCACAUGAGACGCCCACCAGUCGCGUACGUACAGACCCGGAUAUUCCACUGAAAACUUAUUUCCAGCGCAUGGCUUUGGUGACUACCACCGAUGAAGCGCUGUGGCCGCAUUUCUAUCAACCGAUCGUGGCACUCUUCACUUUCCCCGCUGUUUCGUAUGCGGCCAUCACAUAUGGUUCUACACUGAGCUGGUUUGCGAUCAUGACUUCGUUACAGGCUUCUUACAUGAUUAUACCACCAUAUAACUUCGAUGCUGUUGGUGUUGGACUGAUGAAUGUGGCUCCGUUUGUCGGUGCCGUUCUCGGUUUUCCCUUUGGCGGACAUUUGAGUGACAAGUCCAUUUUGUGGCUAUCCAAGCACAAUGGUGGUAUCUAUGAACCGGAGAUGCGCCUUUGGCUUGCUCUGCCUAUUGCUAUUAUAAGUCCUGCGGGAAUACUAAUGUUCGGUUUGGGUCUUGCCUAUGGUGCGCACUGGGCUCUUCUUGCUGUCGGAUUUGGAUUCUUUGGGUUUUCACUUGCUUCCGUCAGCGGUAUUGCGCUUUCGUAUCUCAUGGAUUGUUAUCAAGAGAUUAUCGGCGACGCAUUGGUUGGGGUUAUUUUCAUGCGAAACAUCUUCUCGGUGAUUGUACUGUUUGUGCUCACGCCUUGGGUCAAUAAGAUGGGUCUGCGAGACUUGCAUAUUCUGUGUGCAGUUAUCUCCUUUGUUAUCCUCUUGAUCCCCGUCCCACUUCUCAUCUGGGGUAAGAAAGCUAGAAUUGCUACGGCACCGAGUUAUAGGAAAAUGGCGGCAAAUCAACUUAGCCAUCGGACUAUUUAG